AUGCACCCGUUUGGAUCUUCCCGGCCGUGUCAAGCACCAGCUGCAAGCGACAGGCGCGACUCGCAAGCUGUCUGGCUCCGUCAGGGAUCCUCCGUCUUAGGCCACCGACCCUACCUUUGUGCAACGCCGCCUUACAACAUCGACGUUCAAGAGUCGGACCAGUCCGUCGGCGGCCAAGAUAUCAUCUCCCUCUCCGCUUCCCUCUGCGCUCUCGCGACUCCAUCCCGCGACCUCGCGGUUCCCAGGACGUACGACCACUACGUGCCUGCCCAAGCUGAACCCUCCUACCCUCUCACAACGCCGCCUUAUAGCCUAGCGGCUCAUAUGGUGUAUCCGCCCGCCCUCGAUUUUAGCGUCCCUAAUCAGCCAUACUGUCCCGCGACGCCAGUCCACGUCUCGGCGGUUCCUUCACGAUAUACUCCCGAAGAAUUUACUCCAGCUAACCCCUCCUACCCUCCUGCGACGCCGCCCGGCCGGGAUCCCGCCCUCCCCAACCAGCCAUACCUUCCCAGGCUGUCAUCCUACAACGAGACAAUUCCUUCGCGAUAUGCUCCCCAAGCAUCUUCCUCGGCCACCCCGUUUUACCCUCCAGUGAUGCUGCAUCAAAGCACUCCGACUCAUAUGCCGUACCCGCCUGCUCCCGACCCUGCCCUCCCGACCCCGCCAUACUGUCCCGCGGUCUCAUCCCGGAACACGGCGGCUCUCCCGCGACCUGCUCUUCAAGCGUCUAUCCCAGCUGCCCCGUCCUACCCUUCCGCAUUGCCGCCUCACACCACCGCAACUCAUAUAUCGCACCUGCCCGCCUCCGACCUCGCCUUCCCUAACCCAUACUGUCUCUCGGUGCCAUCCCACAACGCGAAGGCUCCUGAGCGGUGCGGUCUCCAAGCGUCUUCUGCAGCUGCCCCGUCUUACCAUCCCGCAACGCCGUCUCAUAGCAUCGCUGCUCUUACAUUGUACCAGCGUGCACUUGUGCCUGCCCUCUCUACUCCAUCGCAAUCUCUUGCGAUGCCAUCCCACAACGCUGCAUUUCCGUCGUCGUAUGCGCCUCAAGUGCCUACCCGAGUCGCACCGUACUGCAGCUUCACGACAUUGCCGCACGACACGCCGCGCGAGGUCACUCCGGUGUCGAAAUUACUUCCUGAACAACCUUCGUACUCCGCCGAGCCAAUUGUUACGUCCCUCGACUGA